AUGGUGGCGAUCCGGAUCCUCAGAAGACUUCAGGUGUCGAAACGAAAGAAGAGACUUCUGGAGUCGAAACGGAAGAAGAAAGUUCGAUGUCUCCUGAAUUGUUACUUCAAUACCUGGAAGAAGAGCAAACUUUUGAAGGAAGUCCUCGAGCAAAAUGUGGGUAUAUGCUUGACUAUUGCUACUGUUAGGCAUUUCACCGCCCUUCUGAUCCAGAAUGGUGAUCUCACUGAGGAGGAAGAACUUUCUAUUGAAGAUCUGGUCCAGUAUAUGCGUGAGUAUUUUCCAUUGCUCAUCGGUCCGGAAAAUGAUUAUGGCUUGUGUAUUUUUGACGAACUGGAAUGGGUGCUUAGGACUUUUGGGAUAGUUAGGGAACGGGAUAAUCCAUUGCUCUAUAAUUUUGAGAAGCAGAAAGUGUACUCUCCUGCUAACUGA